GGUGGUCAGCGCUCCUUGCUCCGGGUCGUGGCUUUGAGGUCGUUCUUGGUGCGCGUCGGGGGCUCGAGGGGGAGAGAUUCGGGACGACUCGGGUGUGCGAAGGGUACGGCGAGGAAGGACUCGAGGUGGAGCUCGGACUUGGAAUACAGUGAGGAAGAAACGAGGUGGAGCUCGUACGUGGGAUACAGUGAGGAAAAGUCGUGAAGUACAUUGCGAGAGGCGCAGGUCGAUCUUGUACUCGGGAUACAGUGAAGAGGACUCAAGGUCGACCUUGCAGUCGGAGAUACAGUGAGGAAGACUCAGGAAGUACAAAGAGGGAGGCAGAGGUCGAGACGACGUCACUUCCUUCACUAAAACAUAGAUUAUAAAUACAGUGAGAGAGAGAGAGAGAGAGAGAAACCCAAAGCAACAUUGCGCAUUAUAAUAAAGUGAGAUAUGAUAUUGAUGUUAUACUUGUGAUACAGAGAGACCAAACUCGACAGUACACUCUCAAUAACCAGUGAGGAAUGACUGUGAUAUAUUUAAAGAGAAAUAUUUAUGUGUGACUGUUAUAUGUGUAUUUGUGUCGUGUGCAAAGUGAUACUCUUUAUUAAAAAUCCGCUUGAGGUCAAGUGCGUUGAAUUUUCCCGGUGUGGGAGAGUUGAGUCAAGAGUCAAGUCAUAAGAUCGUUUUAAGUAAUAUGAAUAAAGACCAAAGUUGUGGAGGCAGAAUGGUGCGUUGGUUCAGACUCUCGUCCAGUGGCAGCGGCAACUACUUGGUUCGAGUGCGUGCUCAGGUGAUGAUGCGUGAUGACAGCACUGGGGGUUGGCUGCCCAUGGGUGGGGGUGGCCUCUCCAAUGUGUCUGUCCGGAAACGUGUCACCCAACCCGACCUUGACGACUCCAAACAUGAGUAUCUUAUCUAUGGGAAGAGAUUAUCCGAUCAAUCAGUAGUGUUGAGUUGUACAAUAAAGAAAGAUUUUGAAUACAACAAAGUCAUGCCUACCUUUCACCACUGGAAGACAGGAGACAAAAAGUUCGGACUAACCUUUCAAACAGCCGCCGAUGCUCGAGCAUUUGACAAAGGCGUACGAAUGGCGGUUGAAGAUCUAUUAGAAGGUCUCAACGACUUUCCAUCCUAUCGUCAUGGCCUGAACGUAGAUGUCGGUGAUGAUAACGUUUUCAUGGCGGUGAAUCUUCCGGUGGAUAGAGAUGGGUCACGGACGAACUCGUCUGGGUCGGUCACCACCUGCGGCAGCAGCCGUCACACACCCACCGCUACUCCCCUCCCCACCCCAGACCAUCCCCCCCACUACCCCUACCACCACCACCACCAUCACCACUACCCAUCACCAGGAGGUGGAGUGGGGGGGAUCGGAAGCGCAGGGGGAACAGCUAUAUCAACAACAAACACUUCUCCAAGCUCCACCAUUUCCAACCUUGCCAUCACCACGGUCGGGAUGCAGCCCCCGUCACACAGCCACUCCCACGCCAACCACCUGCACCGCAUCACCUUCCCCUCCCGGCCCCGGCCUCCAUUGCCACAGAACAACAACCCCCUCGACAAGCCCCUUGAUCUGGAUGGCGACCACAAAGCGGGCAGCCCUCCAGACAUGCCCCAAGACCAGGACAAGAUCGAGGUCACAGGAGACACAUACUCAUACGUGCAGUGCACGAUGCACCAUGAAUACAGCUACCCGGUGGUGGAGGGCAUCAAGGCAGAGAAGAGAGAUAGUAUAGCAUCUCUGAAAAAGCAGCAGCAACUCGAGCUUGCCGGGGCGACACACCCUCAGCCGUGUCCUCCAACGAAUCAUGGCAAGAGGCCGCGAAAGAGAGACCGCAGAGGCAGAAAGUUCAUCAAAGCCCGCUGUCGGCACUGUCAGGAAACCUUUACAUAUGAUAAAAAUUCCCGGGGCAGCUGCGAAUACGCACCAGACUGUGUACGUACAGCCAUUGAUACACUUACAUGCAUCUCUUGUGCGCACGGUAUGUUAUAUCAUUGCAUGAGUGAUGCAGAAGGUGACUUUGCUCACCGUCCAUGUGAAUGUGGGGGUCCUGGAGGCACGACGGAUGAGUUGUGCGGGCGACGGUGGCUUGGAUUAACCUUGUUAUCCUUAUUGGUGCCGUGCUUGUGGUGCUACAUACCGCUGCGAGCAUGUCACCGAUGCGCUGUCGCCUGCAGAUUGUGUGGUGGCCGACAUGAGGCCUCCUGACUCACCGCCCCCACACAUGCCCAGGAGGAUGAGGAAGAGGAUGAUGACGAUGACGAGGAGGAAGAUACGGUUUUCACGGUAACUGGAAGCCCCACGCUGCUCUCCCCACAACAGUGGUGUGAUCAGGGGAGCAGUUCCCAGCAGUCGGGCGUCGGAAUGGGCAUGCAUGUGGAGAAAAACCAAACCAGUUAAUACUGAUCCAAGCUUUGUAGCCAGUCAGCUGUUGUGGCAGGGACAACAAUGACAGUUAGUGGUGUGUGAAAAGAGUGUAAGGGUGCUACCAGCACAACUAUGAUUGUCAAACAACCAACUAGAAAGGAAAGGAAGAAUGGAAUUGUGUGAUAAAAGGAGUGUGAAUGAAACCACUUUUGAUAAAGUGGAUAGAAAGGACACAACAGUUUGAGUGUUCUAUGUACCUGAUGGCCACACUCCGGCCUCAGAGUGUGUGUGCACGUGUGCGUGAGUGUGCACUGCACACACACUGCCGUACAUGGCCAGUUCUCAACUCUUGCAUUUGGAAACCCUUGUUCAUCUAUAUGUGAGCUGCUCAUUUAAUGGCAGGUCCGUCCGCCUUGGCCUAUUUAAUAAUCUAAAGGGAUCCCAAUUUUUCGAGGGCUCAGGAGAAAUUGUGACGCCCUUUGGAAUUGCUGUGACUUUUUGUAUGCUUUUAAUUAUUAUUGUGAUAGAUGUUCUAUAUAUUGAUAGCUUUAGCUGGCCAAGACGGACAGGCAGCCAAGGCAGCUGGACUGUCACGUGUCACAUAAUAACUACGUGAAGUUCUCACUUGCGUUUGCCUUACAUACCGACACUUUUGUGUUUAGUCUUUUGGCAAUUAUCAGCGUCGUCUUCAGCGUUGUGUAAGCCGGACAACUUUUUCAAGGGUUUCCUUGUCAUUUUAGGUGCUAUAGCACAAAUCAUGGAUUUUCCUUUUUUUUUAAGUGAAUGAUUAUUCAAAAAAAUAUUAUUCAGUUGUGUUGCAGUCAAAAGAACAGUUUUCUACACAACUUUAUAUAUAAACAUGUGUAAGGCAGUUGCACUGUGAAACAUGAAAUACAAGGUGAAGUUUGGCUUCUUAAAAAAUCAAACUUAAGGUAAUGAUGUAACUACAUAAUGUAGUUUUCCAAUAAUAAAAGACUAAACCUCCAAAUUGCAUUCAUGUAAGCAACACAGGUAGCAUUAUGAAUCACUGCCCUGUGGAAAAAAAAAGUCUUGUAAUUACCAUAGUCACAAUUAUCAUGAAUAUUGAUGAUAACAACCCCUCUUAAUUAUGAUUACACCCAAAAAGGAGGCCAAGAUCUUGUUAAAAAAAAAAAAUAAACAUUUUUGUGUACAACCUAGAUGGUGGCCCAGUCGGCGCAGAGAUCGCAGCCGGCGGAGAGCGUGGACUUUUUUGUUUUUUUGUUUUUGUUUUUUCUCACCACCGCCUUCACCAGCGAGGAAGCGCUUGGGAAGGAGGUUGGACUUUGCCGCGCCCUCUUCUGCCGUCUGCGGCCUGGACCGAGAUAGAUGUUUUGGUAGCGGUAAUCUUGGGGAGCAGCCAGGUCAUACGUCACCCAAAAGAAGUCCUGGGGUCAGCCUGAGGCUCCAGAUAUAAAGAUAUAUAUUAAAAAAAAGAGGAAAGAAUGAAUAGAGGGAGAAAAGAAAAAGAAAGGAAGAGUACCUUAAUUCUGUGGUAAAGAGGUGAUGACCCCAACCUACUUCGAGUACGGCGAAACGACCUGGCGCAUGUCAGCUCCCCGAUACUUCCGUUGUUCAUGCCACCCCCUAGUCACGAACAAAAUUGCAACCAAUGUCAGCAGUCUAAUAUCAUUUGUUUUAUUUGCAACAAUUUUAAGCAGAAAGUCACAAAAGUUUGUGGUUUCAUUUUACCUUUUUCUUGAAGAAGAAUGAAAACAAAACUAAAAGUUAAAAAAAGAGAACUUUGUUACUCCCAGGAAAAUGAUUGAUAUAUAUAUAUAUAUAUUUUUCUUGUUUUUCAGUUUUCACUCAUUGUUUCCAGUGAAUGAUUUAAGUGACUAAGUAAUUAUCCUUGUGUAAACUUUUUGUCUAUUGAUAAUUUCAUUAUAAUUGUCAAGUAUAGGAUGUAACAAGAAUGAUUUUAUGAACAAUAAUGACAACCAAAGACAUAUCCAUUA